CUAUUAAAUUAGUUAUUUAUUUAUUAUUUAUUAUUUAUUAUUUAUUAUUUAUUAUUUGUCAUUUAUCACUGAUUAUUAUUUUGUUAUCUCUUAUCUUCAAAUUUCAAAAAGAAAAAUUUUCACUUUCUGCAUCAUCCUAUAAAUAUUUCAUCUUCUACCCAAGCAUCUUCUUCUCUUUUUUCUUCCCUUCUUUUUCAAAACCAGAAUUUAACUCUCAAGUUUAUUCAACUAUAUUAACUAGUUUUCAUAACGGCAACAUCUUAUUUAUUUGUUUACUUAAUAACUCUCAUCACCCGUCAAUGAAUAUCAAUCAGCUCUAUACCCCUCCAUCAUCCACCUCUGUCUCUGUUUCAGCGAUGCCCUCCACUGUCUUACCUAUUCAACUUCCCUUCAAACUAUUAAUUCCAAACAACAACAACAACAACAUCAACAACAUCAACAUCAACAACAACAUCAACACACCCACUAACAACAUCAAUAUCAACACUAACAUCAACCACAACAAUCUUACCUCCAUAAUCUCACAAAACACCGUCUCUUCCUUGUCUUCUGUUUCCUCAAUCAACUCAUCUUUCACCGACCAAUCAAGCACCACCAUCCAAUCUCCAAUCUCUCUUUCCUCUCCAACCACCUCUUUAAACUCUUUUAAAGAUGACCCUCCUUAUUCCUAUUCCUCAAUUCCAAACCAGCCUUCAUUGAACUCGAAUCUCAUUUCAAAUCAAUCCUUAAUACUCAACCCAAACCACUAUAAAUUAAUCAUUGAUUUCGAAAAUGGCUACUUGGGUCAAGGCUCAAUCUCCACUGUUUACUCGGCUACCCUUGUCAACAUCCUUCAAAACAAUCUGCUAACUCAAGUUGCCAUAAAGUUGCCAAUCAAUGAGAGAAUUAAUAAAAAAUUUAAUUCGGAGGCUCUAAUUUUAAACACUCUAUCCAACUACUAUCUCUCUUCUCAAGCUAAUAAUAACAACAUUAAUAAUAACAACAUUAAUAUUAACAACAUUAAUAUUAACUUCCCUUUUAUUAAAUUUUUUGGCAUUUAUCAAUUAUUCAAAAAGGAUUACCCUCCAAUUCGCUUAAACAAAUUUAGAAAUGCUCUAUUAUUAGAAAAAUGUCCUCUGGAUUUGUCAAAUUUAAUUGAUAACAUUACUUUUUCCCCAAACUACGAAUUAUUCAUCUCAAAUACCUCCUGGUGGAAUUUGGUCAACCAACUAUUCAAAGGUCUCCUAAUCCUAAGAAAACUAAACAUCAUUCAUUGCGAUUUGAAAACUUCAAAUGUCCUCAUCUCUAAUGACACCCAAUUAAACUUCAAAAUCACUGAUUUCUCUUCAGCUUGCUUUAACGACGCCUCCCUACUUAACAAUCCUCAAACAACCCUCCAAUUCUCUGCUCCUGAAUUAUUAUCAAACCCUCCCUCUUUACCUACUUUUAAAUCAGAUCUAUAUUCUGUUGGGUUGAUCUUACUCCACGCUGCAAUUGGUAAAGAACCGUAUUACGACCUAUUACUCAGCUCAAACAUCAACUCAAUCCAAUUAAUUAACUGGAUCAGAAAAGGCAACGUUUUAAGAUUAAUCGACCAUGAUACUUAUCAUAAAUUCUUCUCCAAUAACAAAAAGGCUGAAUACCUAUUAAAAUUAAUCCUACAGGAUCGUCUUGAUCUUUUUGAAAUUAUUCAAAAAAUGAACUUUAACUUUUCCUAUACUAUAUAAUAAAAAAAACCAAAAAAGUUUGUUUUUUUUAACUUUCUUCUUUAAUUUUAUUAAUUUUAUUAAUUUUAUUAAUUUUGUUUUUUGUACUGUGUUUUUAUUAUGUUUUUCUACUGAUCUCUAUUUAGAUCUUAUCCUCUAGUUUGUUUUGCUAUAUUGUUGUUUUUUUUUGUCUUUUGCUUUUAGUUGUUCCUAUACGAUUACCUGAUUGCAUUGUUGGUCUACCUACAAUUUUCAUUCUAUACUCUAUACUUUAUACUCUCCAAACCACAUUCGCAUAGAGUAUUUAGUAUUCUAAAUAGUUAUUAACGUCUUUUAAUCGAUCAUUGCAUCUUUCGCUUUUAUUUUGUUUCCUAAUAUCCAACUUCUAAUUUUAGUUUUACUCAU